GUCACUGCAAUCACUAUUGCUAUCGUUAGUAAAAUAAUUUAUAAAAUUUGUGUUUUUUUACAACGUGUUAUUUUAUCUAACGGAAGAAGAAAAAGAAGAAAGAAGAAGAAGAAAGAAGAAGAAGAAUCUAUGUGUCUAUUUACCUGUCUCACUCUUUGGUUCUCAUCACGUGCAAGUGCCUACGCAAACUAAAUUUAAUUCAAAUGGUUUGAAACAUCACGCACCGGUCAUACAUAAUAAAACGGACAUUUUUCUUGUGGCCGAUUCUUUUUUAACUCUUUGUGUGUGCCGCGUCCACAUAUGGUUCGAUGCAGUUGUCACUAUCAUCAUACGUCAACCAGAAAUACGGAGAAAUAAUAGUUUCUUCGCGAAAAAACUGUGGCGUGCUAAUUAAUUAUGAAUUUUAUGACACCUGGCCUGCGGAGAUCCUGAUUAUUUUCUUGUGUUGCAAUUGGUGUUCCUUUGUCAUUGAAGCUACGAAUUUGCUAAAUUAAUACCAGUGUGUGAGGAGUACAAAUUCGAUACAGCAAUGGCAGAAGGAAAUGGGGAAAUAAAAAUGGAAGAAAAGCAAGAAAUGGAAAAUUUGGAAAGGACAGAAGAUUUUAACAAACUUAUGCAAUAUGGACUAGAUGAGAAAGUGGCUGCCAAACUGGACGAGAUUUAUAAAACGGGAAAAUUGGCUCAUGUUGAUCUAGAUGAAAGAGCUCUUGACGCUUUAAAAGAAUUUCCAGUUGAUGGUGCACUAAAUGUGCUUACACAAUUUCUGGAAUCUAAUCUAGAACAUGUAUCUAACAAAUCGGCAUACCUUUGUGGAGUAAUGAAGACAUACAGACAGAAGAGUCGUGCAGGUCAAGGAACAGGCACCAGCACAACACCUAAAGCCCCGGAUGAGGACAAAAUUAAAAUGAUUCUGGAGAGAACAGGAUAUCCUUUGGAUGUAACUACUGGACAAAGGAAAUAUGGUGGUCCUCCACCAAAUUGGGAAGGCCCAACUCCUGGCACUGGUUGUGAGGUAUUUUGUGGCAAAAUUCCAAAAGACAUGUAUGAAGACGAAUUAAUUCCGCUAUUCGAAAAAUGCGGAAAAAUAUGGGAUUUGAGACUGAUGAUGGACCCCAUGUCAGGUUCCAACAGAGGAUACGCAUUUAUCACAUUUACUAAUAGGGAAGCUGCACAGCAAGCUGUUCGAGAGCUCGAUAAUCACGAAAUAAAACCCGGCAAGAGUCUGAAAGUAAACAUUAGUGUUCCUAAUCUACGACUUUUCGUGGGAAACAUACCAAAGUCAAAAGGCAAAGAGGAGAUCUUGGAGGAAUUUGGUAAAUUAACAGCUGGCCUGACGGAGGUGAUUAUCUACAGCUCACCAGAUGACAAAAAGAAGAAUAGAGGUUUUUGCUUUUUGGAAUAUGAAUCUCACAAAGCAGCUUCCUUAGCCAAGCGAAGGUUGAGUACUGGACGUAUCAAGGUUUGGGGAUGUGAUAUUAUUGUUGAUUGGGCCGAUCCUCAAGAGGAACCAGAUGAACAGACUAUGUCCAAAGUACGUGUGCUCUAUGUACGAAAUUUAACGCAAGAUUGUUCUGAGGAGAAGUUGAAAGAAAGCUUCGAACAAUAUGGUAAAAUUGAGCGAGUGAAGAAAAUCAAGGAUUACGCCUUUAUACAUUUUGAAGAUAGAGAUAAUGCUGUUAAAGCAAUGAACGAAUUAAACGGCAAAGAAAUGGGUGGAUCUCACAUAGAAGUCUCGUUGGCGAAACCACCAUCUGAUAAAAAGAAGAAAGAAGAAAUGUUGCGCGCUAGAGAGAGACGAAUGAUGCAAAUGUUACAAGGUAGAGGCGGUUUUCCUUUUGAUAGUGGAUCUCCAUCUCAUCCGAGUAUGAUGGGUGGACCAAUGCCAGUUCGUGGACCUGCACAGGGACCUCGGGGAACCGGUGCAGGUAUGCGUGGACAAAUGGGACGAGGCGAUUAUGCUCUCAAGGAAAUAGAUUAUGAUUACGACUAUUACGGUUAUGGGGAUUAUCGAGGUGGCUACAGUGAUCCCUAUUACGAUGACUAUUAUCGAUACGAAGAUUACUAUUUCGAUUAUGCACCGCCUCCGCCGCCUGCCAGAGGGAGAGGCAGGCAGCCUCAACCGGCUGGUCGUGGCCGUGGAGUAGUGCCACGUGGCCGAAUCGGUGGCCCGCAAGCCCGUGGGCCAGUCAGGGGGGGACGCAACCCCGCAGCUUCAGGGGUCCGUGGGGUCCAGCGGCUGGCCGCUCGUGGGGGGGUCCGCGCCAAGGGAAGUUUACCAGGUGAGGAUGCAGGUAAACGAAAAUUUGACGGGGGUCACCAGAACCAGGGGGAAUCUAAGCGUCGCUUCCAGAGCAACUGGGGAAACCAGCCCCUCGCCCAACAACCACUGGGCAAUGCAUACGGAUUGGCGAGUGUGAAUGGUGGCAGUGGUGGUGGUGGCGGUGACAUAAGUUUCGGAAAUAGAGCCGGCGCACUCGGCGGUGUUUCUGGUGAUGAUCACGAAUGGUAUCAAGACUCUUAUCAGUCAUGGAGCUAACUUCUGCAAGCUUGUGAUGAAAAAAUACACACGCACGAACAAAUGCAUGGUAGGUCGAAGCGAGAAAGAAAAACUAGAGGAAAAGAAAGGAAGUUAACAUCAAAAAGGAGAGUGCAUGUGUACAUGAUGAGUGUGUGCGCGCGCGCGAAAAAGAGAGAAGGGGGAAGAAAUUCUAUAGACGAGGAGAAAGAGAAAAUCAUCCAUUUAUAUUAUUAUCGCUCUUAAUCAAUUCGAAUAAUUGUAAAUGUUUUUUCAUAUUAAUAAUACGCAGCAACUGUACUCUGCGCCACCACCAUCGCCCACUGUUGUUGUGAUUAUGUACAGUGAUGUGCCACUGAGACUAAAUAUUACAUCGGAGUGUGACCGCCCACUCACCCCGUACUAUUAUUAUUAUAAUGAUAAUACUAAUCUAAGUACCACUACUGCAUUGUCACAUUGUUUACUGCCAAGUGAUGAAGAUCAGUGAUGUUGACUUAAGGAUUGUGAUGGCUUGUAUUAGUUAAAAGAACUCAUGGAAGCCUGCGGUUUAAUACAUGAUAUGAUGUUAUGAAUCUACGUGACGAAGCGUGUGUGUUAGAUAAGCUGUGAAAGUAGAUAGCAUGGAAAAAAAGCAAAAAUGUUAGGGAACAAAAGAGAAAUAGAGCAGACAAAAUUCCCAAGAUUGAAGAAGUGAGAAAUGUAGUAGGUACGUUAGGCAAACAGAAGGCACAGGGCGAGAAUGUGAUAUUUAGCGAGCAUGCGAUGAUGAAUGACCGUCUAAGACGUGUAUUUGCAAGAAAUGGAGAAAGGGAGUUUUCUUUAAGCGGAAUGUGUCUUUGUAUGUGUAUGUGUGCGUGUGGAGCGUGCCAAGUGCGCUACAAGACCUUCUAUUGUUGGUCUAUAAACGUGUACAGUCAGUGAAACUAUUAUUAUUAAGAGUCAGGCAAGGUUUCGCGAAAGUAGCGAGUGGUAAAAUGUUGCAAGACAACAGUUCUGCUGCGAAUGUCUCCCAGAUUAAGUUUGAUUACAGUCAGGCAAGAAUUUUAUUAAAUAAGACAAAAAAAAGGAGUAUUGCUCACUAUCGUAAAGAAAUCUGUUUGUACAGUAAAUUUUUCAAUGAUAUCUCUCCGAAUAGCCAAGACAAAUUCAGAUUCAAAUCAUAAUAUAUAUUUAUUUGUUGAUGUGUUUCUUUUUUUAAUAAGUGAAAAAUUAAAAAUUGUUCGUUGAAAGCAAAUAUCAAAGGUAACUCUAUUAUCUUUAAAGGAGAAGUAAAGAAAGAGAGUGUAUUGUUUUUUCUAAAUUUUAUGUAGAAAGUAAAUUUGUUUUUUGUAUUCUCUUUUAUAAAAAUAAGAGAGGAAACGUUUUUAAAGAUGACUGACUAUGAAUUUGAUAAUGAUAGUCACGGAUUGAAAUAGGAUGUAAAAUCUAAUGUUUACAAAUGCAUGAACACAUACAGCACACAUUUUGAGUGUUGACUUGUUGUUAUUGUUAGCCUGUUAGUUAAUUAGUAAGAGUUGUAAGUGCGGGCUGUAGUUGGUCCCUGUCCCUGGAGCCCAGACACCCCCUGUUCUGGAUGAUUAUUUGAAAAAGGAAAGAAAAAAAAAUAUAUGCAAAUAAUUUGUAUUUUACACGCACCCCUGAAAUAUGAAAACAAAUACGACAUAAAGAUGAAAAAAAAAAAAGAAAAAAAAGAUAUUGUAAUAACGGAAUAACUGCAUAUCAGUCUCCUGUUUAUUGUAAUACUACCAAACGAGACGAUUACCGCAUAUAUAACAAUAUAUUGGCUCUAAAUCGGAUUUGAUAUAACAGUAGAAUUGGCGGAUAUAUAUAUGUAAUACAAUAUGGAGUCUGAUUCUACAUCGAAUUAUGCCAUAGAGACCGACCAAUCACAAAUAUAAAAGAUCGCAUAUACAUCACAUUGUAAUAUGAAAUCAGAUAUAAUUUACAGGCUGAUACACAAUAUGUGAAAAAAUUACGAAAUCAUAGAUACAUUACAGACAAAAUGUUUAGAUGACGAUUGUUUUCCCAAUCUCGUAUUAUGAGCAUUUUGUUGAUUUUUAUUCAUAUUUUACUUCAGUCUAAUUCUUUGUCAUCAAUACUGUUUUAGUAGCGCGAUGAAUUUGAUUCAUUUGAAAGUAAUGAUUAGACGAAAGAAAAAUUCCCUGUUCUUAUUGCGAUCAUUGUUUAUAUGUCUUGUUUCCAAUCGUUGCGAUCAUUGUUUCGAGAAAAAAGUAAAAGGGAAAAAAAUCCGAGCAAUUUGUGAAAUCGUGGUUCGUAUUGAUGAUCUACUUUUCAUUCCUCUCGUACUCCCUUUUUCACCGCCCCUUUUUACUGAUUAUUCGCUUACCAUAUUUUAUAUAUCUUUAUCUACCUACUCUACUUACCUACACACCCUAUUUAUGAAAAGCAUAAUAUCGAGGGUAUAAUAAUAUUAAUAUUAACAAUAUGAUAAGGAUGAUAUUGCUAAUCAUAAUUGAGUGGGUUUUUGUGACACACAUGAUAAUAUUCCAACAUAAUAAAAAAAAGUCUGGUUUCUUCUGUGCAAAAAAUUGUAAUUAAUAAAAAGAAAUAAGAACAUGAUAGAAAAAAAAUAAAGGAAAAAAAAAUAAGGAAAGCAAAAAGAUAUGUUAUAUAUAUUACAUAUGUAUACACAUACAAGUACAUAGAUGCAGAGAUACGAUUAUAAAGAGAGUUCGGCUUGCGGGGGCAAGGAAUUAUAACUUGGCUAAAGCGGAGACAGUUCACGGUGACGAGAUUCUUAGACUGAUCUAGGUACUAGUGUUUAUCGAUAAUACCACCCGGCCCUGCUCCGGCAAAAAAGGCGUCCCAAAAAUAUAUUACUGUCGUAUCUUUAUCCUAUUUUUUUUUAUCUCCAUCUCCCUUUUACGUUUUUCCUUGUCCCAUCUUGUAUCAUCUUCCAAUUUUCUUUUAUAUUUUGAUAAUUGGUGUGGCAGCUGGGGUGCCUGGGAGAGAGGCGGGGGGGGGUUAUCGGUCGCAUUUUAGGAUAUUGCACCACACACACUGUGGCUGACGAUGCCGUAGCCGCGUGCGCGCGCCCUUCUUUUUUUAUCCGGCCAACGCCCCGAUUAAUAAUAAUGAUGAUAAUGAUGAUGAUAAUAAUAAUAAUGAUGAUGAUAAUGACGAUGAUGAUGAAUGAUGAUUCGCGACAUAUUUCUGUUUUCUUCGAAACAUCAUUACAUUAUUUGGGGCUUAUCAUGUCGCAGUUGGCCAUCUCUCAUAUGUCGGAUGUUGUGUGAUCCUUGGGUCGAAACGUUGCGAACAUUAAUUCAAAGCGGCCCGAAGCACAUGUUUUUUUUAAUUAUAUAUAAAUAUAUAUUAUAUUUCUGCGAAUAUAUGCAUUUUUGUGACGUGAUGUUAUUUAGCACUAAUUAACGAGAAAGAAGGAAAUCGUACGAUAGUAACGAAGGAUUUAAUAAGAAAAAUACCCGCCCCCAAACCCCCGAAAAGGAAAAAAAAAGAUACAUGUACAUGUUAUAUUUUUUUGUGCUACGUAUCAGCUCCGUAGCUAUAAAACAAACGUGCAAAAUUAUUUUAUCGCCAAAUUUUUUAUAAUUAUAAAUUGUGUUUUUUCGGAUUCUUUAUUAUUCAUCUCCUAUCUACUAAUUGCUUUGCUUUAUAAUUCCCGCAAUUUUUAUUUCUCCAAGUUGCCCCUAACUUUAGUGUGAAACGUAGUUAAACAUAAUGAUUAAUGAUGAAUUUAAAAAAGAAUGUUAUAACAUGAUUCCUUUUUUCGGGCUAAGAGCUUGAUUUGAAGUAUCAAAGAUUUUUGUGUAUGACCAGAUGUAUUCUACAUGUCUCAAUAAACAGUUGUAUGUGAAUUACCUUUCUUAAA